AUGGCAAGGAAGAGAAACUUCAAGAAGGGCAAUAAGAAGACGUUUGGAGCCAGAGAUGACUCAAACGCCCAAAAAAACUGGACCGAACUUCAGAAGGAAAACGAAAAAUGGGAGAAAUACUACAAAGACCUUGGCGUGAUACCAGAUGCGGAAUGGGAUGAAUUCAAGAAAACUUGCCAGGCGCAGCUUCCUUUGACCUUCAGAAUCACCGGGUCCAGGAAGCAUGCCCAUGAGGUCUUGUCUAUGUUUGAAGAGCAUCACCUGCCUUACUUAACUGGCUGCGAGUUUGAAGGAGAGGCCAUUGCGCCUCCCAAAAAGCUACCUUGGUACCCAGAAAACUUGGCCUGGCAAUUGGAUGUUUCCAAACAGGUUAUUCGGAAGAACGAACAGUUUUCGAAGGUACAGAGAUUUCUGGUAGCGGAAAAUGCCGUAGGUAACAUAUCGAGACAAGAGGCAGUUUCCAUGAUCCCGCCACUUGUCCUGGACGUGAAGCCUGAACAUACCGUCUUAGACAUGUGCGCUGCCCCCGGAUCUAAAACUGCUCAGUUAAUUGAAGCCCUUCACGCCAAUUGCGACGAACCCACUGGAUACGUGGUGGCUAACGACGCUGACCACAGGAGGUCGCAUAUGUUGGUCCAUCAACUUAAGAGACUCAACAGCGCUAACUUGAUGGUUGUGAACCAUGACGCUCAGUUUUUUCCCAGAAUCAAGACCGACAAAGACUCUAACCAAUUUCUCAAAUUCGAUAGAGUACUAUGUGAUGUACCUUGUUCCGGCGAUGGCACCAUGCGCAAAAACGUCAACGUUUGGAGAGACUGGGGAACUGGCUCGGGUUUGGGCCUACACACCGUUCAGCUAAAUAUUCUAAAAAGAGGUCUUAACUUAUUGAAACAGGGCGGUAGACUUGUUUAUUCAACUUGUUCUAUGAAUCCAAUUGAAAACGAAGCUGUCGUUGCGGCGGCUCUAAGGCAUUGGGGGGUUAAGAUCAAGCUUGUUGACUGCGCGGAGCUACUGCCCGGACUUGUUAGAAGCAAAGGUAUCGACAACUGGCCUGUGAUUGAUAAGAAUUACAUCAAGAGGGAGAAAGGAGACGAGGGUACGCAUGAGACUUGGUUCCCCCCAACCUCCGAAGAAUCCGCUGCUUUCAAUCUCGAUCGCUGUAUCAGGGUGUACCCUCAUCAGCAAAACACUGGUGGUUUUUUCAUUACUGUUUUCGAAAAGGUCAAUUCAGAGUCUAACGAAGUUUCCAAGCGUGCUACUACUGAGGAACCUAAAGAAGAGUCGGUCGUUGAAAAGAAACAGAAGACCGAGGGUGGUGUCGCAGCUACUGCGACCGUAACCGAACCGGUUUCUGUGAAGAAAGAAAAACUUCCACGGGAUGCUAAUGAAGAGCCUUUCGUCUUUUUAAGCCCUGACCAUCCAGAACUGAAAAAGUGUUGGUCAUUCUACGGUAUUGAUGACAAAUUUGAUAAGUCCUGCUGCUUGGUAAGAAACGCAACCGGAGAGCCAACACGUGUAAUAUACUACGUGAGCCCAUGCUUGAAAGAUGUGAUCGAAGCUAAUGAGGACCGCUUGAAGUUCAUUUAUUCUGGUGUCAAACUGUUCGUGUCACAGAGAUCGGACAUUGAGUGUUCUUGGAGAAUUCAAAACGAGUCCUUGCAAAUCAUGAAGCACCACAUGAAUAGUAAUAGGGUUGUUGACGUUAACAUCGAUUGUUUUAAAUUGCUUUUGACGGAAUCAUUCCCCAAGUUUGAGGACCUCGAAAAGAGUCACAUUGAUGACAACUUCUUGAACAAGAUGAAAUCCUUAUCGGCUGGUUGUGCUUUUGUUAGUGUGGACAGAGGUGAGGAGAAAGAAGAACUCUUUUUGCCUAUGUGGAACGGAAGUAAGUGUGCCAACCUAAUGGUUUCUAAAGAAAGCACUCAAGAGUUACUUCAUCGUCUAUUUGGUGAUGAGGUGGCAGUCCAACAGGCUGCUGCUGCUGCUGAAAGAAAAGCGGCCGCAAACUUGGCAGCAGCCGAAUCUAAGACCGAAGAAGGAGAGAGUUCAUCAGUUAACGAGGUACCAAAGGAACCAGCAACCUCUGACGAUCAAAAUAUGUAA